AUGUUUGCCCUUCCUCUAGCUCUCAUGGCUACAGCCUGGCUUGUCGAAGCCGAACCUAACAAUGAAUUCUUCCACCCCCAUGCUGUCGUUGCAUUCAUUCGUACCGGGGAGAAGACGCCUCAGCUAUUGGACGGACCGACCACGCUCACCAAUCUAGGUGCACAGCAGAUGUACAGACUCGGCCAGCUAUUCCGAGGCAGGUACAUUGACGCGGCCAGUGGUGACACCGCAAUGGGCGAGCAGCCUCUCCCGGACAUUUCGCCGAACAUCGUGGACAGCCAGCAGCUCUUCAUACGGUCACUAGACAUACCAAAUGUCUUCUCUUCUGCGCAGGCUUUCAUGCAGGGUCUAUACCCACCAUACAAGGGCAAUGCGACCAACUCACUAAACGAGACUGACUUUGAGAUGCCCCUGGCUGGAUAUCAAUAUGCGCAGAUUGACUCACUGAGCCCGCGUGACCCCAUGAGCAUCUACAUUGGUGGUGAAAAGUAUUGUCCUACGUCUAGGGCAGAUACCCUAAUGUAUGAAGUCACCGAUGCAUUCCAGGAGACGAGGAUGGAGUCGAGAGAGUUCUACGAGAGCUUGAGCCUUGAUCUUCUGAGCAAUACAAUGACCGAGAGUCAAUUGGACUAUUAUAACGCCGAGAAGAUCUACGAGUACAUCCUGUACCGAUCUCGACAUGAACAGACUAUUCGUGACCAGCUAAGCAACGGCACUAUUCUCGAUACACUUCGCUACUAUACCGACUUGAAGGCAUGGUACUCCUACGGCAACACUUCGAGCUCCACAUCAGACCAAGACUACCGAGCCAUGGCCGGCCGCACGCUGGCCGCGCAGGUCCUCGGGAAGUUCCAAGAGAUCGUCCGCGACGAAGGAAGCUACAUGGGCUCCGCAUCUCCCCUGAGUCUAAUGUUUGGCGACUACCAACCCUUCGUCUCGUUCUUCUCGCUCGCCAUGCUCGACGAAAAGCACUCCAACUUCAUGGCCAUGCCCGACUUCGCCUCGACCAUGAUCUUCGAGUUGUACAGCCGAGGCCGCAACUCCAGUUUCCCGGAGAACGCGACGACGGACCUCUAUGUUCGCUUCCGCUUCCAGAACGGCACCGACUAUAAGAACAACGACAUCCAGAGCUUCGUCCUCUUCAACAAGCCCAAUGCCGAAGGCGACAUGACCUGGCCAGAGUUCGAGAACAUGAUGUCCAGGAUCAUGGUCAACGAGGUUGCAGACUGGUGCGAGGAAUGCUCGUCCAACUCUCAGUUCUGCUGGGGCGCGACUGGCACCACGGUCAUCACGAGGCUGAGAGAGAAGGCGAAGAGUGGCCUGGCUCCCGCUGUUGCUGGCGUCAUAGGUGCUAUCGUUACCCUCGUGGUCGCUGGUCUCAUAUUCGCCGCCGCCAUGUUCUUAGGCGGCGUGCGCUUCCAUCGCGUGGAGCGUGGCAAGAGGUCCGACCUGGGUGGCUUCAAAGGCUCUGCGAAGUUGGCGUCAGAUCCCGAUCUCCAUCUACCCAGCAACGCGGCAGCUCCUGCAGGCAUCGUAGUCGGCCGUGGCGCGGACAGGAAGACUCCACAUGAGCGCGUAGGUAGCUGGGAGCUAAGGCAGAAGGAAUUUGGCCCUAGGUCAGGCGAUAUUGGGGAUGAGAGCAGGAGGGAGAGCUUCGAAGCUAUUGAGGCAGCAAUGGCAAGGCCUGUGGAGCCUAAUGAGAGAGUCUAG